AACACAGGCGUGGGGCGCAGGCUGCGCAGCUGUAUUUGUCUCCAGUGAUAAAGCUAUAUGGGGUAUGAUCAAACCCAGCUUGAUGCUCCAGCGCUCGGGCUUCAUGGAUCUUUAAGUUCACGCACGUGAAUCUUCCAAUGUCCUUUCCGACCAGCCUUGUCCGAGUCAAGGAUCAUUCGACCACGACGCCUUUCAGGACAAAUUUGUUCCUGCAAUGCCUGUCCUGGACUGUAACAGUGGAUCGAUCCUGGAAGGCAAGCCUACGGGCUCGUUCGCCGAGAUUGAUGGCAUCAGGGCCUAUUUGGCCUCCAGCACGGAGAAUGCCAACGGGCGUCAGGGUGGUCGCGCGAUCAUCCUCCUUAGCGAUGCUUUUGGCUUACCGCUCGUAAACUCACAUCUCUUAGCGGACAAAUUUUCGAAGGAACUCUCUUGUGACGUCUGGAUCCCGGACCUUUUUAAUGGAAAGCCGCUUUUUGACGUGGAUGGGAUGGCAGAGGACCUCAUGCCGAAGCAGCCCCGCACAUGGCCUCUCUGGGACAAGAUAAGGUUCCUCUUCACGAUUCUACUGCCGCGCAGUGGAGUUAUGUUUCGGAGUCGACCGUCAGUUGUUGAUCCGAGAACCACUGCUUUCAUCAAGAGGGUUCGCGAGCAGCGGAAAUAUGACAAAGUUGGUGCUGUCGGAUAUUGUUUUGGAGGAUCUCUCGGUGUGAGACUGGCCCCACUCAAUAUUUUUGAUAGCUUAGUAGUUUGCCACCCUGGAGCGGUCUCUGAGGCCGAGAUUAAGGCAAUCAAUAUCCCGACUUCCUGGGUGUGUGCCGAAGAUGACAUGGCUUUUGUUCCUGCUAUCCGCAACAAGGCUGAAGCGCUGUUCGUGGCUCGUAAAGGGAAGGAUGAUUUCGUCGAUUAUGAGUUCAUCGAUUAUAAAGGUACCGUUCACGGAUUUGCCUGUCGGCCUCGUUUAGACUUCCCCGAUGUCAAGGAGGCCUUUGAGGGGUCUAUCGAUCAGACCCUGAAGUGGUUUGAGCAAACACUUGUGGUGACCUAGGAGGCCUCAACAGUGACAUGAUGUUCUACGAUUUCCUGCUCAGAGUUUCGCACUUAUACCCCCUUAGCGUUGUCGUCUUCCGAAUCCGAGUCAUGUCACUAUCUUGUCGCUAUCCCUUCUUUAAGUGAAGUGACAAUAUAAUGAGACAAAAAUGAUUGAGGAGAUUCUAGAGUCCUAGCGAUAUGUAUUAGAAUACUCUCAACAAUUGAGACGGUCAAUCGUGGGUUCCCCUUC